UGAAAAAUUCACCUCAACCCAGGUUCGAACACCCGACCUCCGGAUUUAUAACCCAAUGCUCUACCACUGAGCCAUAAAUCCGAUGCUAGAAUUUAUAUUAUGUAGUCAUUUGUUCUUGUUUUCCCAGAUGCAAUCACAACUCUGGAAAGAGGGCCUUCGGGCGUUGCAACUGUAACCCACAGUAAAGUCUAACGGCUUUAGAUCUAUUUUUCAGUCAACGAUCUGGAGACCCCGGCUGGCGGCGGCCAUGCUACUGAACCACCCUUUCCAAUCCAUCUAUUAGCCGAGGUAUUACGACACCUCGUACGACACGGAGAGGAGCAGCAACUUUGCCUCUAUAUGACUAUCCAACUACAGAAAUGGAGAUGUCAAGCAAGACAACGCCGGCGUACUUCGAUAAGUUAAAACAAAUUUCCCAAUUAAAUGGAUUUGUACUGCGGAGUAAGAUGCGAAAUGGUGAAAAAUGUGUCCAAUUUGUUUACCUGUUUGCUAUGUAUCUAUACGCUGUACUAUUUUUUUACCGAAGCUGGAAUUUCGACAGUGAUGAAAUAGAUGACUUUAUAUACGGCGCUGUGAUAGCCAAUAUGAUACCGCGAAGUACAAUAUUAAGGAUACACAGGUCCAAACUGGCAGAUUUGUUGAAGUCAUUGGAAAAUGCGAACAAUUAUAAAAUCAAAAGGGUGUUUGAGUUACGCAAGGAACUAGAACGUGCGUUAUCCACAGCGAGUUCAAUAUUCAUACCAAUGGGAAUUGGAUCUUUCUUGGUUACUGUCAUUAUAUGGUUCUUGACAAAGAAGCCUGGAAGCCUCCCUUUCGGUUCAAUGCCUUCCUGGGCCCUAAAUUACAGUUUUUCCAUGUGCCUAAUAAUUCAACUAAUUUUGUUCGCAUGCAUGGGCCUAGAUUAUGUCUUAACCGAUACUAUAAAGUUGUGCCUAAUGCUACAACUGCAAAUACAUUUUAAAUACUUACGAGUGAGUAUUAAUGAGGUGAUGGAUGAUGCAAAAGAGGAUUUUUGCUGCGAGAAAAACAUAGAUCCAGCCUUAGUUGACCAACACAGUGUCCCAUGGUUAUAUCAACAUGGGCAAAUGAAGAAAAUCAUUUCGCAUUACCAGUACGUUAUUAAAAUUGCGAAUGAAGCGGAGACAAUAUUCAACAAGUCUGUACUGGCCAGCUUCGUGAAUUUGUCAUUUCUAAUUUGUGCCGAGUUACUUCGCCUGACAAGUGUCCCAACGUUUAGUCUACAAUUCUGGAAGAUGUGUGUCUAUGUGCUUGCAGCGUGCACGUAUUUCUUCGGGGAUUGCUUUUUUACACAACGCGUAAUUACAGAAAAUGAAUAUCUUGUUGAUUCCUGUUAUGACGUUGAUUUUGUUGGCAGCAAUUUACCAUUUCAAAAAUGUUUGCUUCUCUUUAUGGCACGGACACAAAAGUCGGUAGUAUUCACAAUCGGAAAGUUUGCCCCAGUUACGAUGGUUACCAUGAUUACCAUCCUAAAGGCGUCGUUCUCGUACUUUACACUGCUUCAAAAAAGACAAAAUCGUGCAAGCACCUAAUCACCACCCCCAAGUGGAGCUGCAGAUUUGAGGAUGUUAAAUUUCAAUUUGACAACUGCACAAAAAAAAUAUCUACUAUGUACACUUUCACAUAAACACAAAACAGCAGUAGUACCUAUGGUCAAUGAUCCUGGCCAGAUAUUUUGCAGAUGUGGGCAACGAGAAAGCAAAAAGCGGUGUAGAUUUGGGGUUUGAACGAUUAUGAUUUGAUGAGUACGUGUUUGAAAC